CUCUCUCAACAAACAAUCCCAUAAAAUUACAACCCUUCAUUAGUUUAUCUCUCUUAGUUGCCUUAGAAAGACUGGGGAAGAGCAUUGGCCCCUGACAAAAGAAGAAGGAAAAUAUGAGAGAGAGAUUUAAGGGUUAAAAGUAGUGCAGAUCUCCCCAUUUCUACAACAAAAUGUCAGGUGGGGUGAGUAGUGAAGCUCCCAAAGACAUCCCUCAAGAAAACCCAAUUCCCCCCAACAAGCCAAGGUUCUUCCUUCUCACUCUAAGGCACUAUACAUGCCUCACCAUAGCCAUAUUCCUCUCUUCAAUUGAAGCAGUAAGCUUUCAAGACAUGGCCUUUGCAAUCUUCUCCAUCUCCUACACAAUUAUCUUGUCCAAAGUGGCUUUCCCACUUAUAAAUUCCACCCCAACAACAAGAGUUAUCAAAAAAGACAGUAAGUGGCUCACUUCUUAUGCCAAGGUUUCAGCAAUUAUAGGACUUCUGCUGCCAAUUGGGUACAUUUUUGGGGGGAUUUUGGAGGGAGAUAAAGAAGGUAUUAAGUUUGCAGCACCCCAUCUUUUCUUGACUUGUUGUCAAGUUUUCUUGGAAGGGAUCUUUUUCUCAAGCCAGUUUUCAUUACCAAUUGGUGCUUUUGUGCCUGUGUUUUAUAAUACAAGAAGGAUUUUUACAUUGGUGGAUUGGGUUAGAGAUGAGUUUGGAAAAGAGGGGAAUAUGUGCUCCUUGUGGAGGUUGCAUGUAGGGAGGGGGAUUGCUGUUGCAAAUUUAGGGUUUUGGUGCUUCAACUUGUUUGGUUUCUUACUUCCAGUCUUCUUGCCACUUGUGUUCAAACAGUAUCAUGGAUACAAGGCCAAGGAUUGAUUGUGGUUUGCAUUUCAUCUAAUUUGGUCCAUCUCUCUCUAAAUCAGCAUUUAUGUAUGUAGGCUUGUAAUCAAUUUUACUUGUACUCUCUCUCUCUUAAAAAAUAUACUGUACUGUAAAUAAAAGUAAAAUUAUAAAGGAUAGACUUAUUAUUGCUCUAUUUUGCUCAA